UCCCACCACGUCCCGCCCUGGGUGAGCCUCGGGGACCCGGAGCAUGCUCGCCUCCUAGGCCAGGAGGUGGCACGCCUUCUCCACCUGUGGGCAGUGGAAAGGGUAUUGGCAGAAUUCCAGGGCAAGGGUUUCUACUCCUGGUAUUUCUUGAUCCUGAAGGCGGAAGAGGGGCUCAGAUCCAUCCUAGACUUAUGAGAUCUCAACAGUUUUAUGGUCCACUAGAGGUUCUGGAUGGUAUCCCUGGUCUCUGUCGUUCCCUGUCUGGAUCCCGAGGGAUUGGUUUGCAGCCCUGGACCUCCAGGACGCAUAUUUCCUUAUCCAUAUAUUCAAGCAACACAGGCACUUCCUCCGAUUGCUGGUAGUGGGGGGACCAUUACUAGUUCACAGUCCUCCCGUUUGGCCUUUCCACAGCUCUCAGGGUUUUCACCAAAUGCAUGGCGGUGGUUGUAGCCUGCCUCCGGAGGAGAGGGAUGCAGAUCUUCCCAUACCUGAAAGAUUGGCUUCUCAAGGGCACCUCCCAGUCCCAAGUACAGGCCCAGGUGGGACUUCUCCUGUCCACAUGCGCAGAUCUUGGCCUAGUGGUAAACGAGACCAAGUCUACGUUAGUUCUGGUUCAAUGCAUAGAAUUCAUUGGGGCGCUACUGGACUCGUUAGAGACCACAGCCUCUCUCUCCCCCUAGACAGGUUCGAGACCCUCAAAGGUCUGAUUGCCUCAGUCACGGCCUUCCCCAUGAUGACGGCGAGGGUGUGCCUUCAGAUCGUCAGGCACGUGGUGGUGUGCACCUACAUGGUUCGCCACGCCAUGCUCAGAAUGAGGGCCCUCCAACUCUGGCUGGCCUCCCAGUAUUCCCAGGCCCGGGACGGGCUGGACAAGGUUGUCAUGAUACUCUCUCAGGUAGCAUUCCUUGUUGCUAUCACAUCAGCUUGUCGUGUGUCGGAGCUUAGGGUCUUGACCUCGGAGCCCCCAUAUACAGUAUUCCACAAAGAUAAGGUCCAGCUUCGCCCACACCCUGCUUUUCUCCCCAAGGUGGUCUCCGCCUUCCAUAUGGAUCAGGACAUCUGUCCUAAGCCCCAUUCCUCCAACGAGGAACGCCACCCACACACUCUAGAUGUGCUUAGGGCACUGACCUUUUACUUGAACCAUACCAGGCUGUUCCGGAAAUCCUCGCAGCUGUUCAUUGCGUUGGCCGAACAUAUGAGAGGGCAACCAAUUUCAGCCUAGCGCCUUUCCCGCUGGAUCACCUCAUGCAUACACAUGUGGUACGGCCUGGCAGGGGUUCCCCUGCUGCCUAUUGUUAAGAUGCAUUCUACGAGAGCUCAGGCCUCCUCGGCCGCCUAUGGAGCUCAUGUCCCUAUCCAGGACACAUGUAGAGCUGCCACGUGGUCCUCUGUCCACACCUUUUCUUCGCAUUAUGCGAUCAUCUCCAUCAGAUACAGCUUGGAGUCACCUACUGUGGAAUACACAUGAGCAGUCACUC